CCCCUCCCACCCUCCCCUGUGCGGGAUCUUCUCUCUGCAGCUGGAGAUGGCUGUCCCGGGCACUGGCUGUGGGGUCCCAAACGGGGACUGUCCUUUCCCGGAGGUGAUGGAGCUGAACGUGGGGGGUCAGGUCUACGUGACCCGCUACACCACUCUGAUCGCCGCCCCGGACUCUCUGCUCGGCCGCAUGUUCACCCGCAAAGCUCCCAAAGAGCUGCCCAGGGACAGCAAAGGCCGCUUCUUCCUGGACAGGGACGGCUUCUUGUUCCGCUAUGUCCUGGAUUACCUGAGGGAUGGCGACCUGGUGCUGCCGGACUGCUUCCCCGAGAGGAGCCGAUUGCAACGAGAAGCCGAGUAUUUCCAGCUGCAGGAGCUGAGCCAAGAGCUGAGCCUCAAAGUCAGCAAACAGCUCUCCAUCAGCGAGGAGACCUGCCCCAGAGACCCGGAGGACAGGGUCCGGGGGGGCUCAGCCAGCGAUCAGCCCAGUCUGCCCACUGCCUCGGUCACAGCAACACCUCCCGUCCCAUCUGCAGGCACCAGGAGACUGGGCUACAUCACUGUGGGCUACAGAGGGUCCUGCACCAUAGGCAGGGACUGCCAGACUGACGCCAAGUUCAGAAGAGUUGCCAGGAUCACGGUGUGUGGGAAGACCUCUCUGGCUAAGGAAGUGUUUGGGGAGACCCUGAACGAGAGCAGAGACCCCGAUCGCCCCCCAGAGAGGUACACCUCCAGGUACUAUCUCAAAUUCAAUUUUCUGGAGCAGGCGUUUGACUUGUUGUCGGAGGCUGGCUUCCACAUGGUGGCCUGUAACUCCACUGGGACUUGUGCCUACACCAGUGACCAGGGAGAGGACAAGAUCUGGACCAGCUACACCGAGUAUGUCUUCUGUAGAGGUUGAUCUGACUGUGCAAGAGACAUGCGAGCAGUCUUGCUCCUCAACGCCGCACUGCCUGUCCUGCUCAUGUGAACUGGAGCAUUUGGACUGACCACCUUGUCCUGCCAAUUUGGAGCUUUUCUCUCUGUUUUCUUCUAUGGUAGAGUAGGGUAGUGUAGCUAUGUAAACCACUCGGAAACGUCUGGUGUGUUUAGCAUAUACGCUUUAAUAAUAAUAAUAAUAAUAAUCCUUGCAUUAUGCCAACCAAUUAACUACAGUGGCAAAAUAUAGUGCAAGAAAUAAGUGUUUAUUGACCGAAAUAAAGUGAUGGUGUUUGGAAAUAUGUUUUUUUUUUGAUUGAUUCAACAUUACAAAGCGGUGGUAUUUACGUGCCACCGUGGAGAUCCAUAUCACUGAAUAAAUUGUUAAUCAUUGGUAUAAUCGUAUUUACUGUGCAGCAAUUGAUGCGAAUUUACUCCUCAUCUCGUCUCCAGAACUGUCUGAGUUAUUCACCCAAACAUUUAAAAAAAGGAUUGUUUCCUUUUAAGGAGAGAAAGAGACAGGUUCUAUAGGUUUGGCUUUAAGGAUGUUAAAUUCCACAUGCACUAGUUUGCCUUCCAGUAUUCUGCUGAACUGCCCAUCUGGUCUGAAUAUGAUUACUUAUGACUGACUAUUUUGCUCUAAUGUACUUUUGAUCUGGACUCAUAUAAAACAGAAUGUUGUUUAACACUUUUCAUGUUGUAACAUAAAGUGACAGACUUAAAAGUUGUCCACCGUCUUCACAACUCUUUCAUAGGAGGUAUGAGUUAGUAAUAAUGGACUGAAACACCCCUAAAUCUACAAAAUUAUAGUAAAAUCCCAAACAUGUUGGAUGGGCACAAAAGGUUAUUCAGCAUCUGAUAAGGAAAUAUAGCUGGACAUUCUGAAUGUGACCUUUCAUCAAAACUAUGGGACAAAAUGCUAUUUUUCUCAGUAGAUUUGUUGAUUUGUUUAUACUGUUUGUUAAGAAAUGCUACACUUUGCACCACAAUGUUGUACUGAUAGUUUGACGUUUUUCUUUAAGUGCAUAUUUCAGGCUUAAUUUUUUGUUGCAAAUUACUCUUCCACCACAGAAUUGAACUUCCAUGUUCCCAUUUUAUGCAAGGGUGCAAAAAGCUUUAGUGCUCCAAAGAGGAAGUUCCCCUUCCUUAUUUAAUGUUUGCUGUAAAUAAAGCAUGUCACAAGAGACAUUUAGUUCUGCUUGUUAUGGGAACUCAUGUAAUGAAAUAUUCUAUAAUAUACCGUUGCUUACUUGGUUUCAAUGUGCAGCAUUAUUAUUUCUUCUAUCAAUGGUCAAACAUUUCAAAAGUUUCAUAUUCAGCACUUACAGUUUUUACUUAGGAAUUGCAGAAAAUGCUCCUGCUGUGAUGCAAGUGAAUAGCAAAUAUCUAGACCGAAAAAUCAAGUGAGGCAAAUUAUUCUUCUCAGAGUGGAUAAAAACAGAAUUAAUUUAUGUUAACAAGUGAAAUAAAAGUAACAAGAUAGUGGAAGACAAAAGAAAGUGGAGGGAUUACAAAAUAAAUUAAUCCCCUUCUUUCCCAAAG